UAACUUUUAAGCUGGUACUUCCGUGAGUCUGAUUGAGAUUGCUGGCACCCAACUUCUCCAUUAGUUGCUAAAUCCUCUGGAUGCACGAUGGAUGGUAGUCAGCGUCAAGAAAAUAGCAAACAGGCCGUGGAUUACUGUAGAGGAGUUCACUUCCUGGUUAAGGAACUGAAUGCUCUAAAUGUUUUGGAGGUAAAUAUCCCUAUUUUGGAGUCGAGUAUGCCAACAGUUGGUAAUUGGACUUUUUUGGAUAUUCAGAUAUGAUACCAUAAAUGUGAUACUCCAAAAGUCCAAAUCUCAAUCAGGAGUCAAAUGAGAGUUGAACUUUACAAAUGCUUGAUUGGAAGAGAUUGUCAAGUUAAAGUUAAAGCAUUCCGACACCUUCCGCGAUUACUUUUUCAUUAUGUAUCAGCUUCUACCCAGCAAAAUUUGUCUCCCAAACUUGUUAUUAGCCAUGACCACAUUCGCUUGUCUUACAUGGAAAUAACCCAGAAGUUUUAUGAUGCUAUGAAGGCUUGUUCUUCGAUUGAGGUGAUACCCAUUGCACGGAAAAUUCAUGCCCAACUCAUAAUCUCUGGUCUGGACGCUUCUACUUUCUUGCAGAACAAUCUUCUUCAUAUGUAUUGCAAUUGUGGCUUGAUUGAUGAUGCAUUUCAGGUUUUCAGCGAUAGUAAUCAUCGUAAUAUUUUCAGUUGGAAUACAAUGAUCCAUGGGUUUGUAGAUUCAGGUUGGAUGAAGGAAGCAGAGGAUCUGUUUGAAAAAAUGCCUAUAAGGGACUCGAUUUCUUGGACCACUAUGAUGUCAGGCUACUGUCAAAAUGGAAGGCCUGGCGAUAGUAUUAAAACUUUCAUGUUAAUGGCUUGGGAUUUUAAUUAUGUCAUCGAUCCGUUUCCCUUCUGUUGCGCAGUGAAGGCUUGUGCGUGCCUUGGCUGCGUGAAAUUGGCUGUUCAGUUGCAUGGCCUUGUGAUGAAAUUAGGUUUAUUUAGUGAAAUUUGCAUUAAUAAUGCAAUUGUUGAUAUGUAUAUCAAGUGUGGAGCUGUGAGUUCUGCUGAGAAAGUGUUUUCUAACAUUGAAAAUCCAAGUUUAUUUUGUUGGAACAGCAUGAUAUAUGGUUAUUCUAGAUCACAUGGAGUUCAGAAGGCUCUCAGUACAUUCUCUCAGAUGCCUGAACAUGACUCAGUUUCUUGGAAUACAAUGAUCUCAAUUCUCUGUCAACAUGGCUUUGGCGUCCAGAGUCUCAGUAUGUUUGUUGAGAUGUGCUCUAAGGGAUUUCAACCAAAUUUUAUGACCUAUGGUAGCGUACUAAGUGCAUGUGCUAGCAUAUUUGAUAUUGAGUGGGGUAGUCAUUUGCAUGCUCGGAUUCUUCGCAUGGAACAUAAUAUUGAUGCUUUUACAGGGGGUGGACUGGUUGACAUGUAUGCUAAAUGUGGGUGCUUAGAAUUUGCAAGGCGUGUAUUUGACAACUUGACAGAACAUAAUGAAGUUUCAUGGACUUCCUUGAUCAGUAGAGUGGCACAGGUUGGACUUGAAGAAGAUGCAUUGGCACUAUUUAACCAAAUGAGGUGGUCUCCAGUGAAGUUGGAUGAGUUUACCCUUUCCACUGUACUCGGGAUUUGUUCAGGCCAAAACUAUGCCACAAUUGGAGAAUUACUUCAUGGAUAUGCAAUAAAGAGUGGAAUGGAUUCAUCUGUUCCUGUAGGGAAUUCUAUCAUAACAAUGUAUACUAAGUGUGGAAAUAUUGAGAAAGCUGGCCGCGUAUUUGGAUUAAUGCCGAUUAAAGAUAUAGUAUCUUGGACAGCAAUGAUAACUGCAUUUUCUCAAAUAGGAGACAUUGAAAAGGCUUGGGAAUAUUUUGAUAACAUGCCUGAGCGUAAUGUCAUUACUUGGAACUCAAUGUUAAGCAUGUAUGUUCAACAUGGUGGUUGGGAAGAAGGUCUUAAGUUGUUUAUUUCAAUGAGAAGGAUAGGAAUUGAACCAGAUUGGAUCACCUUCACAACUUCAAUGAGCGCAUGUGCUGACUUGGCUAUUUUAAAAGUUGGGAUGCAAGUUGCAUCUCAAGUUGAAAAGUUUGGCCUUAGUUCUGAUAUUGCAGUUUCAAAUGCUAUCAUUACCAUGUAUUCAAGAUGUGGGCAAAUCAGAGAAGCGCAAAAGGUUUUUAACUCAAUAAAUGAGAAAAACCUGGUUUCUUGGAAUGCUAUGAUGGCAGGAUAUGCUCAAAAUGGUUUAGGUAGGAAAGCAAUUGAGACAUUUGAGGAUAUGUUGAAGACAGAGUGCACACCUGAUCACAUCAGCUAUGUUGCUGUUUUAUCUGGUUGCAGUCACAUGGGACUAGUCGAAGAAGGGAAACGUUAUUUUAACGCCAUGGUAAAAGAUUUUGGCCUUUCUCCAGCAAAUGAGCAUUUUGCUUGUAUGGUAGAUCUGCUUGGACGAGCUGGACUACUAGAUCAGGCCAAGAAUUUGAUAGAAGGAAUGCCUUUUAAGCCAAACGCCACUGUAUGGGGGGCUCUGCUAGGAGCAUGUCGGAUCCAUCAUGACCCAAGAUUAGCAGAAAUUGCAGUCAAAAAUUUGAUGGAGUUGAACGCUGAAGAUUCCGGAGGUUAUGUUCUCCUAGCAAAUAUAUACACUGAUUGUAGGGAGCUAGAAGGUCUUGCCAACGUGAGAAAGAUGAUGAAAGAGAAAGGAAUUAGAAAGAGCCCAGGUUGUAGCUGGAUAGAGGUUGACAACAGGGUACAUGUAUUCACCGUAGAUGACACCAGUCAUCCACAGGUAAAGGAAAUUUACAUGAAAUUGGAAGAGAUGAUGAAGAAGAUAGAAGAUACAGGAAGAUACAUUUGUGCAGCUGACGGUCAUCGGAGCCAGAAGUACCAUAAUGAAAAGCUUGCUUUUGCCUUUGGCCUAAUUAGCUUGCCGUCUUGGAUGCCCGUACGUGUGAUGAAAAAUCUUCGCGUCUGUGAUGACUGUCACUUGGUGAUAAAGUUAAUGUCUUGUGUCACCUCAAGGGAACUUAUUAUGCGUGAUGGAUAUCGGUAUCAUCAUUUCAAGGAUGGUUUUUGCUCUUGCGGAGACUACUGGUAAAUGGUAAUAUAUCAUAUACCAUCUAAAUUUAGCCCCUUUCUUACCCUUCUACCUGCGCAUUGUUUUCUCUUCACAGUAGAUAUAUAGAGAGAUGAAGAACCUGCUAUCCAUAUUCUUUCUAAAAUUAAUGCUUCUUAUGUUGAAUUUUCCCCCCCAAAUUACAAAGUGACAGAUAAAUUGACUUCUGUAGUAUGUACAAGUGCAUUUAUUUGAGUUUAUAACGUGAAAGAGGACAAAGCAGAGAGAAAUGAGGAAGUGGAAUAUGAAUCUUAGGCAUGGGAAGCAGAACAAGUAGGCUGGCUAUUCAUGAAGAUGAUGAAAUUGCUUGCCUGGAUUGUCUGAAACAUGUCCUGGUGUCUGUUAUUUCUAGAGUGUUGAAAUUAUUGUUACAUGCAGUCAAACGUAAUUAUUGUUCCCAUGAUAGAUAUGCAUCGGCCUAAAGAAUGUUUUGAGAAAUAAAGUUGGCAUGUAGUGAAACGGGCAUGAAAUGCCAAUAACUUCGUAACCUAGUAAAUGUUAAUGAAACCAAA